GCUUGCUUGACCCUUUCAAUGGGCUUCUGGCUGAGGCUGGUCCAGAAGCGUCAAGCUGCUGUGGAAGGGGCUGCGUGCCCUCCAACGGUUCUGCUGGUUCCAGUUAGCUGCAGCCUGCAGCACCUUGCUUGAUAUCCCUCCGCUCCGUUGCCAGGUGCUGUUCAACCUUCACUGGGGCUUUUAUCAAGCCCACAGCGCGAAUCUCUCUUAAUCUGGGAGAGACGCCCUCUUGACCGCUGUCUGGAUUGACAUUCGUGUCGUGUACAGAAAAGGCAUCUGCUCCUCUACAAGAAGGAGUUUCCCACUCUCACCCUUCUUCCAUACUUUACACUCAUUCCUGUCCUCACAUAAAGGGAUGAGACAUCCUUUUCGAACAGCUAAAAUAUAGUCUCUACUUCCAAUCGUCCUUCAGCAAUCUCGCCAUCAGCCAUGAGACGUAUCUCGGGCCGCGUGACCCGCGAUGACAUUCGAUCUGCUGGCUUGAGAAGAUGGAAUGGUCGAGCGAGAAUAACUACCGAAUGGAUCAAUGUAUUCCACGAGCCCGAACUGUGCUGGCCCACAGGUGACUGCCUAGUCUACCUGCGCGAGCCCGGCCAGUCUAGUCGAGGACCGGCCUUUCGCAUCCAUACUGACUGCCUCAAAGUCAGGGGAUUCGAGACCUUAGUCGACCGUUGCGUGGUCAGAAACUCAAUUCACGCCGGGGCGCAGUGCGUUCUCCCAAACUGUCCAGGUUGUGAUCCACAGCAGUCGCUCCAGGAGCUGUACAUUCCAGCUCCCUACGGCAUAGGCCUCGAGGAAACCUUCAAUCACCACAUUACCACCAGGAACUUCUUCGCCUGGUUAUAUAAUCGACCAUUGGCCGGGAGAACAUUGGGCAAAGCUUUAGUGGAAGUAAAAAGGAGGAUGGACGUGUACCGCCCUGAUUACAGCUCCCAGAACACACUGGAAGUGGUAUCUUACGCAGAAAAUCAGAGGUAUCUGGACUUCAGGGAGUGCGUCGAUCAUGCCCUGGCAGCACUCUAUCUGGCCGAGGAGCUCGAGAUUGAAGAUCUAUGGGUAGAUGCCUUCGCUCACUGUGUGGGGUUGAGCCAUCGCGGACUUCGUUCGAGUGUCGAGUAUGUUAUGAUUAGUCCAAAGUCCAAGACCCUUAUCAGCCGGGCAAAACUCGAACUGGAUGACCGCCUGAACCGGACGAAUGAAUCGGUGGUCAAUUUCUUCGAUGACAAGGUCUCAGGCAGCUUCCUCGGCCUACCGCAAACAGCUCGAGCUCACUUGGAGAGAUUCCGUGCCUUCCUUAAAAUGGUGUAUGUUGAUCGAUAUGGGUGCUGGCCACCGCCGGGCUUUGAAGAGGAGUCAAUCCAACAGGCGGUGUAUGCCGAAAUGCUCACUGACUUCCAGAACCUCUACCAACACCUGGUGGACCCAGAGUCCUCCACCAACAUGGAAGGGACAGACAUCAACAAGACCGGUGGCGUCUGCACUAUACAAAAUAUCCAGGUUUUCGACUUCAAGCACAACUAUGAGCCACUAGCGCAGCCUCUGCCUCUGAUGCCAACGGCCCUGGAGCCAGGCACAAAUCAGCGGACGAAGUCUCAGCGAAGGAUGUCGUGGAAUCCCAUCCAGAAACGGAAGGCGGAUAAAGAUGCCCACAAGAUGCGUGAGAAGCAAGCUUUGAUGACUGCUUCGGACAGAGAUCUGCUGAUCAUGGACUGCGACUUGGUCCGGAAGUUUUCAGAAUUCGAAGAACAGAGUGUCGACAAUGACCUCGAGGGUCUGCCGCUUGCCGAAGGUCGAAAAGUUCGGUGGAUGCUAGUCUAUGCUAUCCUCCAGGUGUUCCGUUCGGUGUCGCAGCCCCCGAAGCAGGUCCGCAACGUGACCGAUCUGACUUAUUCUCUCUGCUGCCGUCCUCCGAAAAAGAUGCCAUGGCAAGGUACGCGAGUUCCCGCCAUUCGGACCGGCGUCCAGAGUUCUUCCCAGUUGCAGUUGGUGCCUGACCAGAGCUACUCCCAUACCAAUGCCUCUACUUGUUCCAUUGGCGAGCAAGUAGCAAGAGGAAGAUCACUCAAAGCUCGCCGACGCACACUUCCCGACAAGUUGCCUGGAGCCUUGACUGCGUCGCUGUCGACUAAGACACCGCCGGGUUCGCGGGCGUCUUCCUUGAAAAGAUUGAUGUCGCGGCGAAACAGGUACGCUACCGAGCCACUGCCAACUAAAAGACCCUCAUUUUGCGAGAUCUAUAUCCAAGGCUACGGAAAUGGCUUGAAUGAGGUCAAGCGAGAAGUCAUUGCCGUCCCUGCAGCAGAGCUUACUGCCGAACCGGAAGCAGCUGAGGAAAGCAUCCGAGGAGGACCGCCCGCGCCACAAGAGCUCGUUGGUCACGAAGUACACGAGCUCGACGCUAGUGGUGAUGAAGCGCUGACUUGCCCUCCUUCGUCCGAGGAGGCAGCAUUGACGACUCCAGCAAUGUCUCGAGAGUCUUCGACUACUUCUACGAGUAGCCACUGGUCCAAGAAGAGCGGAGACAGUGACUUAGAUCCCACCACACCUAGCAGUGAUGCAGUCUGCACGCUCCAAGAGAUACUGCGGCGGUCUCAGAUCGACCGCGGAGAGGACGGGAUGCCAAUCCAGAAAGGAACGACACCUCAAACGCCAGGCUCGGCCAGCAUAAUCACCAUCAUGGACCACAACGAUCACAUUGGCGAGGACGACGACGCUCUGACCAUGCCUUCGGUCCAUUUCAACACUUUGACUUGGGAUAAGAUCCUAGCUGAACAGCUGGUGCCGGUCACUGCGUCUGCUGCGAAUCCCAUAACAAUCCAAGCAUGACAAGCUCACGAGUCGGGGUCCUGAACAUGGGGGUCUUGGAGACUGUAAUGAUGAAUAUAAUGCGACGAUGAAACGAAACGAAAGAGAGGGAUGGCCGUGAGAAUGAAGGACGGAAUCUGGGAUGACUUUGAUUUUGCAUCUGAUCUACUCAAGCACUACGCUCAUUUGGAAUAGCGAUCAAAUAGCAAUAUCAGGCAAGCGGGCGUUUUGUAGUACUGGUUGAAAAGCCUGGUCCGGGACUGUCCUACCUUAGGUAGCCAGCUCUUUCCCUUGCUAUACUUGGCGAGAUAGUUCCUGGUCUAACCGUACAUU